CUCUUUUCCAGUGCAGUGUUGACGGUGCGACUGUCUGGUGGACUGGCCGUCGACGGACCGCCAACAAUUGUUCGAGUGAACGAUGCGGUGGUGGUGGUGCUUCUCGUGAGACGGUACCCGAGGCAACAAAACAGUGGUCGCCGUGGUUCGUCCGUGAUCGGAAAGUGCUGCGUUCAUGUGUGCCCUCCUCUGGAUUACCUGCUGGAUUACGGCGACGACGGCCACUCAAACAAUGACAGGCCGCUGGCGGUGACCCCCCCUCGAGCCGUCGAAUCCCUGUCGCGACGCACGGAUUAACGAAAAAGACUUCGCUCCGAGAUGAAACCCCGGAAAAUGCGACUGGCCCUCGGGCUCUGGCUGGCCCUUGUGGCCGUCACGAUACCACCGACCGUGCAAGCGUUCGUGUCCUGCUCGCCGAACCCGUGCAAGAACGGGGCGUCCUGCGUCUCGUCCAACCCCACCGGAGAGUCCCAUUGCAACUGUCCCCCGCUCUUCGUGGGCGAGUACUGCCAGCACAUGAACCCCUGCCAGGCCGUGUCGGGCAAGCGGUGUCAGAACGGCGGCACGUGCAACGUCGAGAUGAGCGUGACCAGCGGGCCGAGCUUCUCGUGCACCUGUCCCGUGGGCUACUCGGCCAGCAUGUGCGAGAUCGCCGUGCCCAGCGCCUGCGACGACCGGCCCUGCCGCAACGGCGGCACCUGUUCCCUCGUCACCCUCGACAACUACACGUGCGCUUGCGCCACGGGCUUCAGGGGCAAGCACUGCGACAAGAAGGACCACUGCGCAUCUCAGCCGUGCCUCAACUACGGCAGCUGCCUGUCCAGGGCGGACUCCUACGCCUGCGUGUGUGCCCAGGGGUACAGCGGCCCCACGUGCGCCGUCGAUGUGGAUGAGUGCAAGGCAAAGCCCUGCGAGCAAGGCACUUGCAUCAACACCCAGGGAUCCUUCAGCUGUGUCUGCGAAGCGGGCUUCACGGGCCAGCUGUGCGAGUCCCGCUACAUCCCAUGCGAGCCGAGCCCCUGCCUGAACGGUGGGACCUGCAGACCCAUCGACUCGCUCAACUACCAGUGUUCGUGUCCUCCUGGUUUCACGGGCACCCACUGCGAGGCGAACGUAGACGACUGUCCGGGCAACCUGUGCCAGAAUGGCGCCACCUGCCUGGACGGAGUCAACUCGUACACCUGCCACUGUCCGCCCACGUACACCGGGCCGUACUGCAGCCGCGACGUGGACGAGUGCUCGUUCCGACCCACGGUGUGCAAGAACGGCGCCACGUGCACCAACACCGUGGGCGGAUACUCGUGCAUCUGCGUCAACGGAUGGACGGGCACCGACUGCUCCGAGAACAUCGACGACUGCGCUGUGGCGGCCUGCUUCAACGGAGCCACGUGCCACGACCGCGUCGGGUCCUUCUACUGCCAGUGCGCUCCUGGGAAGACAGGGCUGCUGUGUCACCUGGACGACGCGUGCGCGAGCAACCCGUGCCACGAGGGCGCCAUCUGCGACACAAGCCCCAUCGACGGCACCUACCUGUGCUCGUGCCCCAACGGCUUCCAGGGCGUGGACUGCACCGAGGACGUGGACGAGUGCGCCCAGGGGGAGCCCUGCGAGCACGGCGGCAUCUGCGUCAACACCCCGGGCUCGUUCCGCUGUAACUGCACCCGGGGCUUCGCCGGGCCGCGCUGCGAGGUGAACAUCAACGAGUGCGACUCCAACCCCUGCCACAACGAGGGCACCUGCCUGGACGAGCGCGGAGGCUUCCGAUGCGUCUGCAUGCCCGGCUACAAGGGCAUUCACUGCGAAGUGGAUAUCGACGAGUGCCUCCCCAACCCAUGCCUCAACGGAGGUAUCUGCAACGAUCUCAUCAAUGGCUUCAAGUGCCUGUGUCCUGUGGGUUUCUCGGGCAAGAAGUGUGAAGCCAACGAAGACGAUUGCUCUUCCUUCCCGUGCCGCAAUGGAGGCUCCUGCCAUGAUGGCAUUGCCAGCUAUACUUGCCACUGUCCACCUGGCUUCACGGGUGCCACGUGUGAGACGAACAUCAACGACUGCCAGUCUUCGCCGUGCCACCAUGGCGUCUGCCACGACGGCAUCAACUCCUUCAGCUGCAACUGCCACGCGGGCUACACGGGGCUGCUCUGCCAGACCCAGAUCAACGAGUGCCUGAGCAGUCCCUGCCGCCACGGCGGGACAUGCGAAGACCUCGUCAACGGCUACCAGUGUCGCUGCCGUCCGGGCACCUCCGGGGUCGACUGCGAGUACAACGUCAACGAGUGCUUCUCCAACCCCUGCCGGCACGGGGCAAAGUGCAUCGACGGGAUAGACUCCUACACUUGCGACUGCCUUGCCGGAUUCACUGGCAUCCACUGCGAGACCAACAUCAACGAGUGCGCCAGCAACCCCUGUUCUAAUGGUGGCGUCUGCACCGACCUGGUCAACGGGUUUAAGUGCGACUGCCCCCGCGGCUAUUUCGACGCCCGCUGCCUCUCCGACGUCAACGAGUGUGCCAGCAACCCAUGCCAGAACGGAGGCACCUGCGAAGACGAGGUCAAUCGCUUCGUCUGCCACUGCCCUCCCGGUUACGGGGGCCACCGCUGCGAGCAAGACAUAGACGAGUGCCAAUCCAAUCCGUGCCAGCAUGGUGGAAGCUGCCACGACACCCUCAAUGCUUACUCGUGCACCUGCAUAGACGGCUACUCCGGGCGGAAUUGCGAGACGAACCUUGACGACUGCAGUCCUAAUCCGUGCCUCAAUGGUGGAAGUUGCAUUGACCUGGUUGGGACGUUCCGCUGCGUGUGUGAGGUGCCCUUUUCCGGUCCCACGUGCGACGUCGAGUUGGACCCCUGCUCUCCCAACAAGUGUCGCAACGGUGCCCAGUGUUCGCCGUCCUCGAAUUACCUCGACUUUGCUUGCUCCUGCAAGUUGGGCUUCACGGGGAGGUUGUGCGACGAGGACAUCGACGAGUGUGCGGUGUCGUCGCCGUGCCGCAAUGAGGCCACGUGCGUCAACGUCAACGGAUCGUACGAGUGCCUCUGCACCCGCGGCUACGAGGGUCGGGACUGCCUCACCAACACCGACGACUGCGCUUCGUACCCCUGCCAGAAUGGAGGAACGUGUCUGGAUGGCAUUGGAGAGUACACCUGUCUGUGCGUUGAUGGCUUUGGCGGAGAGCACUGCGCCGACGACAUGAACGAAUGUGCCAGCAACCCCUGCCAGAAUGGAGCCACCUGCAAUGACUAUGUGAACAGCUACGCCUGUGCCUGCCUCCCGGGCUUCAGCGGAACCAACUGCCAGACCAACGAUGAGGACUGCACCCCAAGUUCCUGCAUGAACGGCGGCACAUGCGUGGACGGAGUGAACAACUACACAUGCCAGUGCAGUCCAGGCUACACGGGCUCGAACUGCCAGUACCACAUCAACGAGUGCGACUCCCAGCCCUGUGCCCAUGGGGCCACCUGUGUCCACCAUAUUGGCUACCACACCUGCCACUGCCCCUUCGGGUACAUGGGACCACGCUGCGAGACCUUUGUGGACUGGUGUGCCACCAACCCCUGCCUCAAUGGAGCCAGCUGUAAGCAGUCCAACAACACGUAUCGCUGCACCUGCCAACCAGGGUGGACAGGCCUGCUCUGCGACGUGUCCAUGGUGUCUUGCGAAGAUGCUGCCCUGCAGAAAGGCACCAAAGUGGCCGACCUCUGCAAGCACGGCGGAGUGUGCGAAGACUUCGGCAACAGCCACCACUGUCUCUGCCCCGAAGGCUACGAGGGCAGCUACUGCCAGCGCGAAGUCAACGAGUGCCUGAGCAACCCGUGCCAGAACGGAGCCACCUGCCACGACCUCCUGGGCCAGUAUGCCUGUGACUGCCCCGAGGGCUUCCAGGGGCUGAACUGCGAGUACGACGUCAACGACUGCGACCCUAGCCCCUGCCGCAAUGGCGGCACCUGCCACGAUCUCGUCAACAAGUUUGUCUGCUCCUGCCCCCACGGCACCCUCGGCACCCUCUGCGAGAUCGACGUCAACGAGUGCUUUGAGAGCGCCUGCCACCACGGAGGCACCUGCCUCGACCGCGUCGGCAGGUACGAGUGCCAGUGCCCGCCCGGGUACGUGGGUUCCCGCUGCGAGGGUGACGUCAACGAGUGCCUCUCGAGCCCCUGCGACCCGAUGGGGACCCUAGACUGCGUGCAGCUCGUCAACGACUACCGCUGCGACUGCCGCCCGGGGCACGCGGGGCGCCGGUGCGAGCUCAAGGUCGACCCUUGCUCCACGGACCCGUGCCUCAACGGCGGCGUCUGCCACCCGGGGCCACGGGGUCCGACCUGCGUCUGCCAGGAGGGCUUCUGGGGCGAAACCUGCGCCAACCGCAGUUGCGGAGACGCCAGCCCGUGCCGCAACGGGGGACAGUGCCGCGGCCAGUCCUGCGUCUGUCCCCGCGGAACUUCCGGAAGCUUCUGCGAGCGGCUGGAGGAGCUUGGUGCCGGUGGUGCCUGCCCGCUGGGGUGCCGCAACGGGGGAGCGUGCCGCAAGGGUGCAAGCGGGAGGUUCGAGUGCGAGUGCCUAGUUGGAUGGAAGGGGCUGCGGUGCGAAGAAUACGACUCCAGCUUCCGCGGUGCCUUGGCGCCUUCAGUGGAGGGUGUUUAUGACCUCUUCCUCAAGUCUCUGGAAGAAGAGAAAAAGCUGUGUGCCGCUCGGAGGUGUGAGAAGAAGGCGGGGAACCGCUAUUGUGAUGAAGAGUGCAACACGUACGCCUGCAAUUUUGAUGGUGGUGACUGCUCUCUCGGAAUUAAUCCUUGGAUGAACUGCACUGCUGCCAUCAAGUGCUGGGACGUGUUCAGAGACGGAAAGUGCAAUGUCGAGUGCAACAAUAUCGACUGCCUCUUUGAUGGCUUUGAUUGCCAGAAAGACCUCCAACCUUGCAAUGAGCACUAUGACACCUACUGCAUGAGCAACUAUGGUAAUGGCUACUGCGACUACGGCUGCAACAACGAGGAGUGCAACUGGGACGGGCUCGACUGUGAAAUGGAUCCCCCUUACCUGGCGGAGGGUUCCAUUGUCAUCAUGAUCUCCAUCGAGCCAGAGGUGUUCCGGAACAACACGGUGCCCUUCUUGCGUGACAUUGGCCACGCUCUGCGCACCAAUGUGCUCUUCAAGCGGGACCCCACAGGUAGCCCCAUGAUCUACCCUUGGCGGGCCACCGAUGGACAGAAACCCAACCACGCGGCACUGCCCGUACCGCGCACAGGGACGCUGGUGCACCUGGAGAUUGACAACCGGCGCUGCCUCAAGUCUCAGGGCAGCGAGUGCUUCCAGUCUGCGGCCAAGGCGGCAGAGUUUCUGGCGGCAGCCCAGGCCCGGCACUCCCUCGAGACCCCGUUCCACAUCCAGGAGGUGCAGGGGGCCGGCCGGGAGCAGGGGGGCGACGGGGCGGGCGACGGGGGCCGGGCCAGUGCCCUGCACGUGGUCAUCGGCCUCAUCGGCGUGCUGCUGGCGGGCCUGCUGGUGGGCGUGCUGUUCACCACGCAGAAGAAGCGGGCCCGGGGCAUCACCUGGUUCCCCGAGGGCUUUCUCCGUACCGGCAGCGGUCAAAGAAGGCACUCGAGGCGCAGGGGCCCCGAUGGACAGGAGAUGAGAGCGGCUCACGCCAAUGGCGAGGGCCCUCCCGAAGCCUGGAGCGACGACGAAGGAGAGCGUCCACCGGCCAAACGUGCACGCGGUUCCCCCGACUCGAGCUGUGGAGACACGGUGGUGUCCGACUGCGAGGAGGAGAGGGACCCCCGACCCUGGACCCAGCAGCACCUGGAGGCUGCGGAUGUGCAUCACCCAGAGCUGCUGCUGGCCCUGACCCCACCCCAGGGCAAUGAUCUCGACCAGCACAACGUGGACGUCAGGGGCCCUGGUGGCCUCACCCCGCUAAUGCUGGCCUCUUUUCGCGGGAAUGGCCUGGACACUGGCGAAGAUGUGGGCGAGGAUGACGACGGCUCUGCCAGCAUGAUCCAGGAUCUGCUCAUGCAGGGAGCGCAGCUUGCCAGUACCACCGAAAAGACUGGCGAGACUCCCCUGCACUUGGCCGCACGCUACGCUCGUGCGGAUGCCGCCAAGCGCCUCCUCGACGCCGGUGCAGAGGCCAAUGCGCAGGACAGUUCGGGCAGAACGCCCCUGCAUGCCGCCAUUGCUGCCGACGCCGUGGGAGUGUUCCAGAUCUUGCUACGCAAUCGCGCCACCAACCUCAACGCCAAGAUGAACAAUGGGAUGACGCCGCUCAUCCUCUCCAUCCGCCUGGCCAUGGAGGGAAUGGCCGAGGACCUCAUCAACGCCGAGGCUGACGUCAAUGCGGCUGACUGCGACGCCCGCACCCCCCUUCACUGGGCCGCCGCCGUCAAUGACGUCACCUCCGUGCGCAUCCUGCUCGCGCACGGCGCAAACCGCGAUGCGCAAGACAUUCACGAAGAGACUCCGCUGUUCUUAGCAGCCCGUGAGGGCAGCCUCAAUGCGGUGAGGGCGCUGCUCGACCACGCUGCCAACCGAGACAUCACCAACCACAUGGACCGGCGGCCGCGUGACGUGGCUCGUGACCGCAUGCACCUUGAUAUCGUCGACCUGCUCGACAAGUACGUCCCGUCAUCCCAGAUCCCCGGGCUGGGCAGCCCCCCUAUGCUGCUCUCCAAUCCGACCGUCAUUGGUUCCACCAAGUCGGCCAAGGGCAAGCGGCGCCAGCAGCCCAAGAACAAUGGCAACGCGAGCAUCGCGCUGCAGCACCUUGACGCGUCUGCGACGUCACCCGGCGCGGAGGUCAACCAUGUCAAGCGGCGGCCCUCCAUCAAGAAGCGAAGGGAACCACCCAUGCCAUUGCCAGAGGUGCCCCACCCGCUCGACUCUCCGCACGAAUCUCCGGGUGGGCCGCUCUUCCUCCAGCAGGGCGGAGUGGCCACGCUGACCAAGCAGCCACCGUGCUACGAGGACUGCGUGGGGCCCGUGUACACGGCCGUGUACGACCCACAGGCCUACGCCAACGCCCCGAUGGCCCAGCAGCAACAGCACCCGCGACAGAACUCGGUCCCGUCCAUGGGUGGAUACACGAUGGCCUCUUCGCCUGCCAAGCAGCGCCCCUCGCUGCCCACGUCGCCCACCCACAUGGCGGCCAUGAGGGCCGCACACCAGCACAAGCUGCAGCAGGGUGCCCCCACGUAUGACUACCCCGUCCAGCCAGCCUACUACCACUACCCUACGCCCCCGUCCCAGCACAGCCAUGGCGGCGGGCCCGAGGCCACGCCCCAGCACUACCUCCACCCGGCGGAGACUUACCUGACGCCCUCGCCGGAGUCUCCAGGACAGUGGUCCAGCUCCUCGCCGCACUCGGCGCAGUCCGACUGGUCGGAAGGGAUCUCCAGCCCCCUUGGGCAGCAGGCGCUUGGGGGAUGCGAGCUCAAGCAGCAGCAGCAGCAGCAGCAGACCGUCCAGCCGGCUGGACUGACCCACCCGGAUCCGGUGUUCAUCUAAACCCUCGAACCUCGUGCGCGCGUGCUCGCGGACGGAUGCGGAACUCGUGAGAUCUUGUGGACUCGUCCCGUACGUUCCGAGUGUCGUGCGAGAACUACCGUUCGAGACGAACCCGUGUCUGUGCCGAAACGAAACUGCAGUGUGCUGCUUGCGUGCCAGAAUGUUUUAUGUUGUUUUUUUUCUCUUGUACAUAGGUUUUGUUAGAUGCGCUAGGCUGGAAUUCUCACGACGAGUCGUUAUGCUCGUGGCCAGGUCCAUGUCGCAGCGCAUGGUUGCUCGAGAGGGCGGACAAUGCCAUCGUGCACCGUGGCGUGCCCCGGAGGAUGCGCGGCUCCUUCGCUACGGUCGGCAUUUACUAUGUUGUGCAACGCCGCCUCUCAUUCUCUAGAUUUGUGUUCAUUGAAAACUACUCAGUGUAUUUGUUUGUUUGUAUUUUAAAGAUCUACUGCAAAUUUAAAAAAAAAAAGCUGUAUUGGUUUUGGUGUUUGAAAAUUUUAUUGCAGCAGUUAACAAACAAGAAACGAAGCGAGUGAAAUAGGAAUAUAAAAAAAAAUAAAAAAAUAUGACAGCAACAGACUGGUGAUGAUUUCAAGGAGCAAGGCAAAGAGAGCAGAGUUUAUGAGCGUGACUGUAAGGUAACUUAUUUAUAGAACCUCCUUUUCUCACUGCUGCCCGUUUCCCAGUAUGCCACGGCUCUGAAAUCCAUCAAUGGCUUGCUCCUUGAAAGACUCGGCCAUGAAUUUUACCGGUACUUCGUUCUUUGUCUAUAUAGGCUACAGUGUCCUGCAUACUAUAUGUUUAGACUUGUCAUUCUGUGUAUAGAACCGUUCAGACUCAAGCUCCUUCCUAAAAAUGAGUUUUCUGAGAAAGAACUCGUAGGUAAUUACAAUUUCAGGCGGCAGGUGUGUAACUUUUCCGUUCUUACAAAAAGCAGCCUAAGUGCUUUAGCAAAAGUAGUUAAGUUGACAGCACUUUUUUAAAGUCUAAUCCUAGUAAAGUAAACCCAGCAAUUUUUAGUGAUCCUUAAUGCCAGAUAAAAACAUGCAUAACAUCCACAAUUCUGCCUAAGUGUUCCGAUGUAGUGUGUUUAGUAUGCUUUGCUUGCCAUAUGACAGAUGCUGUGUUUCUUUAAUGGCAGUUGCGACACGAGCGCUAGAACAACCAGUCAACAAGUUUUUUCUGUUUGGACGAGUAGGAACUCACUAUGAUUCUCAGUGAAAGUGGGGUAGCGUGUGCUUGUACAUAGAACGUCCAUCAUAGCACCAACGAAAAUCUUACAAUGCCCCGACCAGCUCUUGGCACCUACGGUUCCGAGGUGUUUCUUGCCAGUUCAGCCACUUGCCAUAAUAGAACCGCAAGUUAUGCAAAUACAACUUAUAAAUGUGCCUUCCUCCGAUUUGCUAAAUUUGUACUGCAUGCUAUAAAACAUAGCCUUCCCGAAUUCGUGCCCAGUUGCUGUAUGAGCAGUGCAUUUUUCUGUCAUCUCAGUAUUUAUUUCACCAAAAGGGGCCAAAAUAAUUUACCCAGCUUGUGGCAGUAAAUCUUUAAAACCCACCAGUAUUUAACUCAAAGCAUGAUGACACCAGCCAGUGAAAAGUAGAAUUGAUGUACUCAGUAAGUCAUGCCAACAACUAUGCAGCUGUAAAUACAUACUUUUUAACUGUUGACUCAUUUUGAAGAGGCCCUUUUGGACGUUUUAUAAGCCAUCGAACGAAGAGAAAGGCCAGCAUCAUUUUCUAAGCUUUUACGGAGCAUGUGCCGGUGUUUAGGUCAUGUGAACGGCAGUGAAUGAAAGUAAAAGUAACUUUGUACAAAAUGUUCCCUGGGACUAUGCAAAUAUAUAUAUAUAAAUAUAAAGUUUUUUUUUUUUUUUACAAAUUUUGUGUAGGAUAAUUUGACAGGUCAUGAUGUAAGUAACUAAAGUGGAUGCACUUUAUCGAGGUGAUUCACGCACCAAGAUCACCGAUGGCCGAAAAUGAAUGUGUUUUGAGAACCUGUAGCUUGUCUCUUUCGUACCACUGAGAAAAAAAAUAUAUAAUAAAGGCAAUUCUUUUUUCAAUAA